AUGGCUGACGAAACGAUUGCCCAACGGGCAUACAUUAAAGAAAUUUCGAGUGCCAUACCCGAAUUCAACGGCCAAAAAUUACAUCUACAACGAUUUGUAACGGCCUUGAAGUUAGUUAACCUAACGAAGGGAACAUUCGAACACAUAGCUGUAGAAGUGAUCAAAUCCAAAAUUGUUGGAUCAACACUAUACAGAGUUCAAGAUGAAACGACCAUACUUGCGAUAAUCAAGAAGUUGCAAGACACCAUAGUCGGUGAAACAUCCGACGUAAUAAAGGCGAAAAUGGUCAAAACCAUCCAGAAAGGCAAAACUGCCGAAAAGUUUACCACUGACAUAGAUAAUUUACGUAAGCUCCUCGAAGCUUCGUAUAUUGAUGAAGGCCUCUCAGCCGAACACGCUGACAAAUUCAGCACGAAGGAAGCCAUCGCCACAAUGGUUAAAAAUUGUGAGCAUGGCCGACUUAAGACAAUAUUGGAAGCUGGUAACUUCACAACCAUGAAUGAAGCCGUCACCAAGUACAUACAAUGUAGUACCGAAAUGACGGGUAAUGCCAACGCCAUAUUGUACACACAGAGAGGUAACAACUAUCGCGGUAAUAAUUACAGAAAUAAUUAUCGCGGUAGGGGUAAUAACCGAGGUAACUACCGAAAUAAUGGCUAUUACCAGAAUAACCAAAAUAACGGUUAUAACCGCAGCUAUAAUAAUAAUAACAAUAAUUAUUAUAGAGGAAACAACCGUGGCGGAAACAACCGCAGCGGGAAUAACAGCAAAGCAAUGUCCGAGUAG